ACCGUGACGAUGCGCUGACGGCGUGGCGGGUGUUAUGUUUUAUCACUUUUGAUCGAAAAGUCAGACCGCCACGGACAGCCACUGAUGACUAUUUCUACGCGGUCGAGUGGAAAACACUUGUUAUUGUUGAAAAUUUGUAAAGCUAUAUUUCUGGUACCUCCUGCUGCAUUUCGAACAGUUGUCGAGCGAUCAACUUGAGCUUCUGAAUGGAUAAAACACGAGAUAGAGAAUAAUCCUGGGGAGUCGUGCUAGAUCCCAUAUGAGCAGUCGUACUGCUGAGAUCACUGAUGAGUUUGACUGAGGCGCAGAGAGCUCGGGGAUCGUCGAAAAAUCGGGGGAAUUCGCGAGCUUUUGCUGCUGAGGAAAUGCCCGAGGGAAUUGGGGGGGCCACGUGCCAGUGACAGUGCAGGUGGCAUCCCUUGGGUUCGCUUGCCCCAAAUGCUGCACUCAACGGAUAUGAUGCUCAAAACUCAGAAUAAUCAGUUUUGUUGAAGGAAGUGGUUCGAUGUUUCUACAGAGUUGAUUUCAUAAGACAAUCGAAUUGAAAUACCGCGGGAGGUGAUUCGCCUCCCCCAACCGUCAGUCCGGGUGUUGCCGGAAGCCGAGAGCCGGCACCUCAGCACAGAUUCCUCCACUGCGCCAGGGUGUCCGAAGAGUUUAUAAAUAGUCGCCUUCUCCUAGGUGGUACAUGCAAAACGAACAAGUAAAAAUACAGUCAGGUGGUAGGGGUAAAAAAGCGAGAAGAGGAGAAGUUAGCCAUCAGGCUGUGGUAUUAAAAUAGAAAAGAAUGUUUUUGGAAUCCAAUUGGACUUGGUUGGCAGAACGAUGGGGCAAUAUGGCCGACUUGGCCGAGCGGGUUGACGAUCUGAUAUGCAGUUUUGAUUCGUCUGGUGAUACAACAAUGGAUACAUUAUCAAUGCUAAUAUUCGGUUGGAUGCUGUUUGGUCUCAUUGUACUGUGCGUUGGUAAAUACAUUUACAAUCGUUUUGUAUUGAAUGAAAAAAUUGCAACAAGUGGAGCAAGUGGUAGUGUAGCUAGUGCACCCAAUGCAUCGAGCAAGGAUCAUGGGAUACAUGGAAUUGGUGAGAGUGUCGUGUCGGCUGGUAGUAUUGCCAGUAAAUUACUCACUCAGGAUAAGCCGAUUAAAGUGGCAAUGGCCAAAUCAGCAACAGCCAGUGCUGCUGCCAGUCAUGUUGCAAGUGCUGGUGUUAUUGGAGCUAAUGCAGGACAUGGGGGUGGCGGUGGUGGUGGUGGAUAUGUGCCGCCAACACCACCGAUGAGAAAGAGAUUGACGAGAAAACCAUCGGGCUCGCUGUUGAGCCCAGCAAGGAGCUCGAGAGCACUACAUUUGCCGGCAGCCACUGGCGCUGAUACUGAAGCUGUUCGCUGGGUUAAUGAGCUCGUUGUUUGGCUGCACUCGGAUUUGGUCAUACUUAAUGAGCUGCUCGCCUCUUGGGUACUCUCACUCAAUCAUUUUGUGGCGAGCUCGGUCGAUGAGCAUGGAGUGGGCGUGGAAUUUGUACGGGUACUUCCGGAGACACAAUCGCCUUCUUUAUCGAAUAUCUUCUGUGAAUGCGAUUCGAAAAAUGACGUUACGAUAACAUGCGAUUGCGAGGCAACUCCGGCACUGCAACUGAAGGCAUUCCGUCAAAAAGGCGAUAAAGUUGAGGUCAGCCAUUAUCGUGCUAAUGUAAAUCGCUUUCGAGCUCGUUUAAACGUUGUUUGUAUCACCGAGAAACUCUUGAUGGACUUGAAGUGCGAUGGCUGGCCAGAGGUGAAGGUCUCACUGGCCCAAGUGGGAACAAUAAAGAAGGACCUGGACGAGAGCCAGCUUCAGGAGGUAGUGACUGAGAUUGUAGUUGGUGCACUGAGAGGCACCAAUGUCCAUCUCAAUUUGUCGAAAUAUCCUACUUGUCCGAGACUCUGGCGGGAUCCACCACCACACACCGGCUAUUCAAUGCCGUUGCACUAUGAUAGCAUGGGUCGUCCAGAGUCAACGGCACCGCAGUACGUAUCUGGAGACAGACGUUUACUGGUUAAAGUUGUCCGAGCAAAUGAUCUUGGAGGGAAGGAGGGAUGCGCCCAGCCGUAUUGUGUUGUUGAGUUGGAUGAACCACCGCAGAAGCACCAGACGUCGAUUAAAAAAGAUACAAUGAGCCCCGUUUGGGACGAAGCCUUCCUGUUCGAUGUAAGUCACAAUACGUCGGAAGUACUAUUGGAGAUCUAUGAUAACUUGAACAAAAGUCAACGAUUCUUGGGGCUGGGAAUUGUCGGGGUGGAGGAGCUACUCGUCAAUCCGAGCCAGAGACAGAUUAUCCCUCUUCAAGCGAGACCGUAUGAGGCUGAUGAAGUCACUGGAACUCUGACAGUUGAAUUUCUUUUUAUUGAAGGGGCCGAGGUGCCUCAGAUUGGUUCGAAGCCCUUCAAGCUCAAGGAAGCUAUAAAACCAGUAUCGCCUACCCGCACAUACAGCCCAACCAGCCAACUCAGCAAUAAUAGUCUUAAUUAUAACAAUGGUAACAGUACACUUAUCUUGUACGACUCUACUGCUCAAUCGACCGGGGACUAUCUGACAAACGGCACAACCGUGGACUCUCCGUACAGAACUGGACAAUCGAAUGGUAAUAAGGGGACUCUGAUCGUGCACAGUCAACAGAGGCAACCCGAGCGUCAAGUCGUCAAGGUUACACUAUCAGAGGAUGGCAGUUGGCAAGAACUUUCCCCGGAGCACGCCAACCGGGAUAACAGCGCUACAUCAGGUCCGGAAAGCACGCCAAGGUCAUCGAAUUCGGAAGGAACCAGAGAACGGGGACGAACGCGAAGAAAACGACGUGACUUUUUCGGAACAAUCAAAAAGCGCCUGAGUAGGUCGAAGACUAGAAGUAGAUCGGCAGGACGAGAAGGUGAUAUUAAUCACGAAGAUGCCCACUCAAGAUCGAUAUCCGCUGACAGAGCACGGGAUCCAGGUUCAGUAUCUUUGAAUGUGCCAGGUAAAGAAGAGCAAUCAAGAAGAUCAAGUCUGAGUGAAGCCUCGGCCAUCAGCGGCACGUCAACGAGAACGUACAUCAACGAGGCGUCGACAUUAGUCCUAGAAACAUUAGAAAAUGGGAUUAAAAAGCACUACCUUGUACCCCUCUCGCUCGCCCAGAAGAGCAAGUGGAGGAAAAAGGGCACAAAAUUGCAUAUAUUCAAUGAUCAUACCUUCAUCGCGAAACACAUGUCUGGUGGAACAGUAUGUGAAGUCUGUAAGAGGACAUUAGCACGAAGAUUAGGAAAACAGGGUUACGAAUGUAGGGAUUGCUUACUGAAAUGCCAUAAGCAUUGUCACGUUAAAGUCGACACCAUGUGUUCGACAUCAACAAUUCAAAGCAUAGAAUUAACGUACAUCCGGACACCGCAGCUCGAACGGAAAUUUUCAACCCGUCGAUGCUGAAGCAACAAUUGAAGGCUAUAAUUGAUGAUCCAUUCGUCCAUAAUAAUCAAACAAGAAUUUAAGUUGUUAAAAUAGGCCCUCUCACGUCAUUAUCCUUGAAUUUAUUUGGGGAAAAGUAUCAUCUUUUCCAGUUAAAAUUCAGUACUUUCGGUCAGAGUGACAGCACAGUGGCAAUUAAUAAGAGAGGGUCCACCAAAUCUAGUCUAAAAACACGACUUUUAACUUAGUACACGCCCACAAAUCUUCCAUGUUUCGCACGACUGCAUAUAUUUUAUAAAUAAAUAGGAAAAGAGUGGCAUUCACUUCCUUAUACUGCAGGUUAUACAUAAAUAUCCCGAUAUAUUCUCCAUGAAAUAUAGUUUUUGCCUCUUCCAAGAUGGCACAAUCACAACAGUGACUUUUCUCACACCAUCAAAACCAGAAUAAACUGUAUGAAAAAUUCAACUUCCGCGCUGUCAUUCGAAGAAGCCAUAAAUACCGACCAAGCAUAAGUUGCUCUUAUACUUGCAUCAUGUGAAAUUCACCCCAAUCACCUUAAGCGAAACAUAUUUGCAGACGAAUCAGAAUAGCCUUUAUUGAGGAUAUCCAAGUACUUUGGCUAUUUUUUCUCCAGUGAAAUGCUUUCCUACUUUUGUAGUCGAACA